AUGCUUCUAAAUAGCACCAACAUCACCCAUCAGCGAAGCAACCACAUCAUUGCAACCUCUUGCAGCUCGAUCCCAGUCACUCGCCAAUCCUCUAGGUCUAGUUCUGCUGAGUCGCCGCUUGACGCACCAAAAUCGCCAUUCAGGGCUGAAAUUGAUACUCGGCGCAUGCAAUCCCCAUGCCCUGUUUCCCCGCCAAGUGGCGGAUCGAGCAAUUGGUCAUCCCCGUCCACCUGUAUCUUUUCAAGUCCGCUGCGUCCUGAGGAACCUUGUGGCGUCUCCUCAAAAAUUACCUUCGAUCUGGGUGAAAUGAUUGAUGAAGCCUUCUUCUGCUCGCUCCUCCCGCCCAAACCGCGCCUCUCCGUGGACGUAUCCUCUUAUAAACACAUUCUGGGAGAGGUGGAAGAAGAAGAAGCCCCCCACUCUACGCCAUUGACUGCACCGCGCUACACUUCGGAUUAUGCCAAAGUCGUCGAUGCCCAAGGUUCUGCUGAUCCGGCCGCCGUCGAGAAUCCUAUCAUCCGUUGCCUCCCAGAUCUUCACUUGCUGCAGACACCAUUGCGGGAAGCUUUUCGCGAAGUCUUUGAUUAUCUGUCUGAUGAAACCCCUGACUAUGCCGAACAACAGACUCAGCACCCGUAUGGCACAGUCAACUGUACUCGAGGCAACUUAGCGGCGCCGUUAUUGUCAUGCGAUUCGACCGAUCUCAAUAGCAACAUCUCUGAAUCGGAUGGAAAAUCAUCCGCAGCUCUCAAUCCACGUCCAGAAUCAUGUCUGCCUAGUCUAGAAAAUGGCCCUCCGCUGAUUCCCUUGCCCACCCCGCCCUGCAAUCUCAAACGUCGUCCCGCGGGGGUCAAUCGUUCAACAAGGGAAAAGAGAUCUGCAUCACAACUGAUGGACUCGUGUGCCCAGUCAAAGGCCUCCACCAGGCCGAAGGCGCUUUCGUCGGGAAGCUUUGUCUUCGAUCGCGCGUUUAUACGUCAGACAAGACACUUCAAGUAUUGGAACGCCAUCCUCGAAGGCCCUCCCUUGCUUAGAUCUUCGAAGUUUGGCUAG